AUGGCUAAAGCAACAGUUGUCUCUGCUCCCGGAAAAGUUCUAAUUGCAGGCGGUUAUCUUGUUCUUGAUAGAGAAUAUGAAGGCCUUGUUUUAGGAACAGACACGAGAUUUUACACUAUUAUAGAAAAAGGAAAUUAUGAUUCUUUUGGGAAAGUUACUGUAAGGUCGCCACAAUUUCUAAAUGCAAUUUGGGAAUACGCGUAUAUUCAAGAAUCCUACGAACUCGAAAACAAGGGUGGAAACUUUAAAAAUUCAUAUAUUGAAAUUGCUAUUAAAUAUUCUUUGGCAAUUAUUUCAAAGCGCGUUUCUGCCGAAAAGUUUGAAGAGAAAUUGCGGAAUGGACUAGAUAUUUAUAUUGUUGGCGAUAAUGAUUUUUACUCGCAACGUGAACAGCUCAAUGAGUGUAAUCUUCCUCUUACUGCUUCCUCAUUAAGAUCAUUGGACUCUUUUCGUAAGUUAAAUAUCACGUUAAAGGGAGUACAUAAAACCGGGUUGGGCUCUUCUGCAUCCAUGAUAACAUCCCUUGUUGCCGCCUUAUUUAUUAAUUUCGAGGCUAUCGAUAUCGCUGCCGAAGAUAAGGGUGAUACAUACGGUCGAACCUUAGUGCAUAAUAUCGCACAAUUUUGUCAUUGUUUGGCGCAAGGAAAAGUUGGUUCAGGAUUCGAUGUUUCCGUUGCUGUUUGGGGAAGUCAAGUUUAUCGACGUUUCUCACCUAGCAUAUUAGACUCGAUUAUGGCACCCGUUAAUCCGAAGAUCCCAAAUACAUCUAAUUUUGAAGAUAUUUACAAAAGCGUUUCCCCAGAAAAUAAAUGGGAUAAUGUAAUUACACCUUUUUCUCUUCCGCCCGAAUUUUUACUAGUCUUAGCCGACAUUGAUGCCGGAUCUCACACACCAAGUAUGGUAGGAAAAGUAUUGACGUGGCGUAAGAAUAAUUUAGACCAAGCGAAUUCUUUAUGGAAGAGGCUUGGCACCUAUAAUAAUUCUAUUGUUGAAAAUAUGCAUAAAUUAUCUGAAAUAUAUACCGGUGACCCUUCAGCAUAUAUUGAUGGGAUUAAUUUAGGUUCCCUUUCAAAAGGAUCUGAACUUUCCCAACUCGCCGAAAAAAAUUCUGGGAAUAAAGUUAUUCAGCUUCUCUCCCGCAUAUAUACAUCGUUUCAAAUGGUUCGUGAGCUUUUACGUGAGAUGUCCACGCAAUCUGACGUUUCUAUUGAACCUCCGGUGCAAACUCGAUUACUGGAUGCUUGCAUGGAAGUGCCGGGUGUAUUAAUGGCAGGCGUUCCCGGAGGCGAUCAAGUUGCAGUAGAUGGCAUAGAACGAGUAUGGAAUACAUGGACGGAGAUGAGUGUUGUUCCAUUAUUGACGCGUACUUCUUCCAAAGGUUUCAUUAAGGAGAAUUUGGAUGAUCAUGCAGGAUUGAAAGCAUUGUUAUAUGAUAAUUCUUCCAUAUAG